AUUUGAUUGAAGCAAAGUUAAUAGGUGUACUGGAUAUUUUGGAUGAAGAAAAUCGUCUUCCUCAGCCAAGCGACCAGCAUUUUACAUCAGUUGUGCACCAAAAACACAAAGACCAUUUCAGGCUCUCUAUUCCCAGGAAGUCUAAACUGGCUGUUCACAGAAAUAUCAGAGAUGAUGAAGGCUUUAUUAUCCGACAUUUUGCAGGAGCAGUUUGCUAUGAGACGAUGCAAUUUGUGGAAAAAAACAAUGAUGCUUUGCACAUGUCCCUUGAGUCUCUUAUAUGUGAAUCCAAGGACAAAUUUGUUCGACAGCUGUUUGAGUCUAGCACUAACAACAACAAGGAUCCCAAACAAAAAGCUGGGAAACUUAGUUUCAUCAGUGUAGGAAACAAAUUCAAGACUCAGUUAAAUUUGCUUCUUGAGAAGCUUCACAGUACUGGAUCCAGCUUUAUUCGCUGUAUCAAACCUAAUUUAAAGAUGACAAAUCACCAUUUUGAAGGAGGACAGAUCCUCUCUCAGCUUCAGUGUUCAGGAAUGGUGUCAGUUCUGGAUUUGAUGCAAGGUGGUUUCCCUUCACGAGCUUCAUUUCAUGAACUAUAUAACAUGUACAAGAAAUACUUGCCUGACAAAUUGGCUCGGCUGGAUCCUAGGCUCUUUUGCAAGGCACUAUUUAAAGCCUUGGGACUGAAUGAAAAUGAUUACAAAUUUGGACUAACCAAAGUGUUUUUUAGACCAGGCAAGUUUGCAGAGUUUGAUCAGAUAAUGAAGUCUGACCCGGAUCACUUGGCAGAGCUAGUGAAGCGCGUGAAUCGCUGGCUGAUCUGCAGUCGUUGGAAAAAAGUUCAAUGGUGUUCUCUCUCAGUGAUUAAAUUGAAAAAUAAGAUAAAAUAUCGAGCCAGUGCCUGCAUUAAAAUGCAAAAGACUGUUCGUAUGUGGCUUUGCAAGAGAAAGCACAAACCACGCAUUGAUGGCCUGAUAAAAGUCCGUACGCUGAAGAAGAGACUCGAUAAAUUCAAUGAAGUAGUGAGUGCUCUGAAGGACGGGAAGGCAGAGACAAGCAAGCAGGUCAAGGAGCUGGAGUAUUCUAUUGAUGCUUCAAUGACCAAAAUUAAGACCACUAUAAUGACUAGGGAACAGAUACAGAAAGAAUAUGAUGCCCUAGUUAGGAGCUCAGAGCAGCUUCUGAAUGCCCUGCAAAAGAAGAAACAGCAAGAGGAGGAAGCAGAGAGGCUACGGCGCAUCCAGGAGGAAAUGGAAAAAGAAAGGAAGAGACGUGAAGAGGAAGAACAGCAACGAAGGAAGGAAGAAGAAGAAAGACGUCUGAAAUCUGAGAUAGAGGCAAAGAGAAAACAGGAAGAGGAAGAGAGGAAAAAGAGAGAAGAGGAAGAAAAGCGCAUUCAGGCUGAAAUUGAGGCUCAGCUAGCUAGAGAACGAGAAGAGGAAACUCAGCACCAGGCAGUGCUCGAGCAGGAACGUCGUGACCAUGAACUUGCCAUGAGAAUUGCCCAGAGUGAGGCAGAACUCAUCAGUGAUGAGGCUCAGCCUGAUUUAGGAUUGCGCAGAGCCAAUGGAACAAAGCUGCAAAUGACAGCGGAACAAAUGGCAACAGAAAUGUCAGAAAUAUUGUCUAGGGGUCCUGCAGUUCAAGCCACAAAGUCUGCUGCUGGUACUAAGAAGCACGAUCUCACUAAGUGGAAAUAUGCAGAGCUUCGUGAUACAAUAAAUACAUCCUGUGAUAUUGAACUGUUGGCGGCUUGCAGAGAAGAGUUUCACAGAAGGCUAAAGGUGUAUCAUGCUUGGAAAUCCAAGAACAAGAAACGCAAUGCAGAAACAGAACAGCGUGCUCCCAAAUCAGUCACAGACUAUGCUCAACAGAACCUGGCAACCCAGCUACCAGCCAGACAACAGGAAAUUGAAAUGAACAGACAGCAGCGCUACUUCCGCAUUCCCUUCAUCCGUCCUGCGGACCAAUACAAAGACCCCCAGAACAAGAAGAAGGGUUGGUGGUAUGCACAUUUUGAUGGGCCAUGGAUUGCUCGGCAGAUGGAACUUCAUCCUGACAAGGCACCCAUUCUCCUUGUGGCAGGUAAAGAUGACAUGGAUAUGUGUGAGCUUAACCUUGAAGAGACUGGCUUAACUCGCAAGCGGGGUGCUGAAAUUUUGCCGAGACAGUUUGAAGAAAUUUGGGAGCGCUGUGGAGGUAUCCAGUAUCUCCAAAAUGCAAUUGAAAGCAGACAGGCUCGUCCUACGUAUGCUACAGCAAUGCUGCAGAACCUGUUGAAAUAAAUGGUCAGUUUUGCACAGCAGCAUUCCACAUGAGAACCCUUGCCCAAGAUACAAAGGGAAGAAGAUUUCCUCUGUGCAACAGGGGACGUAAACAGUCUAUAAUCACAUUAGAGAUGUUUAAUAUAAAGUGCACAGAUUUUAUUAAUCAUGUGGUUUGUUAAUUUGUACUUUAUGAUGUUUAAUUCGUGUAGUGAACUUUACUAGGUAUGAGGGCCUUGAAGGAACUUCAGUCAGUGUAGUUUGUUGCAUUUUGUUUAUAUGUUGCAUUUUCUUUAACAUUUACUGAUAUAACUCUUAACACUUUGAAGCAAUCUGUCUGUACUUGGGUACAUAUUACAAAGAACUGCAUUGCAACCACCUUUUUAUAAAAUCCUCUCUUUAAAACACUCAAGAGUUGGCUUCAAGUGGUGGCCUAGUAAAGAGGACAUGCUAUUUCUAAUAACUGGAAUUGUGAGGCCUUAGCUUUGACUUCUGUUCGGAGAAGUUGGAGUAUAUUUUUAUAUAAUCUGAGACAUUUUAUGUCCUGAUUUGAAAACUGGUUAGCAUCUGUAUUUACU